AUGGAUAGUUCAGAAAAAAAAUUUCUUCUUUUAAAAAAAAGAUUAGAUGCACUUCAUUAUUGUUAACCUUUUAAUUUAGAAAGUUCAUCUUUAGUAGAACGUUUAUUAAAUGAUUUAAUUAAAACAACUGAAGGUUUCCAGAAUUUAAAAAAUAUGAAUUCCGAAAUCCAAAAAUAAGUUUUAUAAGCGGAACAAACAUUAGAACCUUUAAAAAGAGAAAAUGCAAGAAUAACAAAAGAAAAUAACUAAUUACACUUUUAAAUUCUUUAAAUAAAAGAAGAUUAAGAAAUGUCGAAUAAUAAAUUUAAAAUAUAACAUUCAUAAUAUGAUGAAGAUAAAAAAGAUUUGAAAUUUGCUUUAGAAUAAAAAGAAAUUCGUUUAAAAAAAAUAGAAGAAGAAGUAACUAAAUAAAAUAAAUAAAUAUAACAAUUAUUAUAUAUAUAAAUAUAUAUUUAAAUAUAUUAAAAUAUAUUUAAAUAUAUUUAAAUAUAUUUAAAUAUAUAUCUAUAUUUUUAUCUAUAUAUAUAUAUAUAUAUAAUAAUAAUUUUUUAAUAAGAAUACUUAAGAGAAAUAAAAUCAUUAGAAGAAAAUAAAAUUCUUUUAAACGAGAAAAUAAAACAUAUGGAAAAAUAAAUAUAAAAUAGAGAUUCCGAAAUUCUUCGUUUAUAAUCUAAAAUAGACUUCGGUAAUUAAAAUAUAGAAAAAAUUAAUAAUGAUUACUAAUUAAAUAAUUAAUACGAAAAAAAUGAAAGAUUAAACCACUAAAUAGAUUUUUUAACAAAAGAAAACUACAAAUUAGAAACUGAUCUUUCCAAUUUGAAGUCCGAUAUGUAAAGAACUUAAUUAUAUAAAGAAGAAAGUCAAAAAUAAUAAGAAAAAAUACAAAAACUAACUGAUUAAUUGCAAAAAGCAGCCUAAAUAAUUCAAUAAAAUGAACAAAAAAUAACAAAUUUGAAAUAAAAAUAGGAAGAAAACGCAAUUUUAUCAUUUUAAAAUACAAACUAAAAUUCUCCUUCUAAAAAUGGCCAAAAUAUACUUAUUUUAGAUUCUAAAAUUUAAUAAUUAUAAUAAGAAAAUUAAUAAUUAAUAUAAGAUUUAUAGAAACAAAAUUAAUUAAUAUCUGCGUACUAAAGUGAUAAAAAAGCUUUCUCAUAAGCUUUAGAAUAACAAAAAGUUGAAAAAGAUCAGUUAUUAACCAAAAUGGAAUAAACUGAAAACUUAAUAAAGCAAAAAGAACACCAAAUAUAAGAAAAAAGCUACGAAAAUCAGCAAAAUAUAUACAAAAUAUAAUCCCUAUAACGCGAAAUAGACUUAAAUAAUUAAAAUUAUGAUCGUUUAAUAACUUCUAAUAAAAAUAUAAACGAAGAAAUGCAGAAACUACGUGAGAAAAUCGAAGAAUUAUAAGAAGAAAACUUACGAGAAAUCCAAAAAAUUUCCAUAGAAAGAAUCGAGAAAGAAAAGUAUUAAAAAUAACUAGAAUUUUCCGAAAAAGAAAUCGAGAAAAUAAAAAAAGAAAAUAAAUAAAAACAAAAUGAAGGUUUUGAAAAAAGCAUCUUAAAAGAAAAAACCGAAAAAAACAAUGAAAAUUUACUCAAAGAAAUCUCAAUUUUAAAAAAGGAAAUAUUCUCUCUAGAAACCCUACUAAGUCAAAAAAAUCAGUCUUUUCUUGACCAAGAAAAUAAACUAAACACCCAAUUUGCUACAAUUAAGCAUUUAUAAUAAUAAAUAGCUGACUUUUAAAAAGAAAUAACUUUAUAAGAGGAUAUUUUAGCUUAAAAAAGUCGUGAAAUACGCACUUUGGAGUAAUAGAAAUUAAAUUUAGAGCGCGAUAAUAUACAUUCUACACCUUUUGUAAGAAAAUACGAGGAAGCAUUAAAUAAAAUGUAAAAAAUGUAAGAAAAAAUAUAAGAUUAGGAAGAAAAAAGACUUAAAAUUUUAAAAGAAAGCGAAAUUUUGAAAGAAGAACUAGAAAUUUAAAAUGAGAAAAUUUCCCAAAAAAAUGAUGAAAUUAAUUAGUAUUUAUAAAAAAUGUAAAUAUUGGAAAAAUAGAUAAUUGAAAAAAAAAACGAAGAAGAUACUUUAUUUAACUAAAAAAAUUUAAAAAAUAUUGAAAUCGAUCAUUAAUUUUACAAAGAAACAUAAAAAAAUAAGGAAAAAGACCGCCAAAAUUUAAUCCUAAUUGAAAACCUUAACUAAGAUUUAAAAAAAGCCUAAAAUAACUCUAUUCUUGCCCAAUAGAAAAUCGAAAAUCUCACCAACUAAAAAACAGACCUUUUAGAAAGCCUUAAAAACCUUCAAAAAUAGGUCCUUACACUAGAAUCUGAAAAAAAUGAAUAAAUCAGCCAAAACAUAAUCCUAGAUUAACAAAUAUAACACGAAAAAUCCCAAAAAAGCCACCUAGAAUAAUUACUUAUCGCCGAAUCUUCCAAAAGUGGCCAUUUUGAAUAAUAAAACCUUCUCUAAUUACACCAAAUAGCUGAUUUGGAGUAAAAAAAUUCCUCCUAUAUACAAAAAAUAAGCUAAUUAUAGACACUAACAUCCGGUUUAGAGAAAUAGAAAUCUGAUUUAUUAUCUAAAAUGGAAACCUAUAACAGUAGAAACGGCUAAGAAAAUACUGACAUAUAGAAAAUCCUAAAAGAAAAGCUAGAAAAGGAUAAACUUAUUGAAAAACUUUAAGAAGAAAUCACCGAUUCUAAAAGCGCCUUAAUUGCGAUAGAUUAAGAAAGAGAUGAAAUGUAGAAUUUACUAGACGAAAAAACUCUAGAAAACGAAAAUUUUAAGGAAAAAAUGUCCUUUUUAGAGGCUGAAUUUUAAUUUUUAAAAGAACAAAAAAUACACUCAAAUUCAAAAAACGAAGAAGCCUUUUAGAGAAUUUCCAAUUACGAAAACUAAAUAAAAGACCAACAAAAAAAAAUAUAGAAUUUAUUAGAAGAAAAGGAAAACUAAAAAUUCUCCCUUUAAAAUUAAAACAAAGAAGUAUAAAAUUUAAUCAAUGAUUUAAAUUUAUUAUCACAAUAAAAUUAAAAUCUAACAUAAGAGUUAAUUAUUCUAGCGUAAGAAAAGGAAGAGCUUAAAAAUAGCCUAAAUAAUUACAUUAUUGAUGAAAAAAAAAUUAAAUAAACACUAAGAGCAAAUGAAUUGGAUAAAGGCGAUCUUUUAUAAUAGUAUAAAUAAGUAUGCUUAGAUAAUGAGAGGUAAGAAAAAGUCAAUUAAGACUUACAUUUGGAAAACUAACAUCUUUUUGCACAGAUAAAUGAAUUGGAAAAGGAAAAAGGAUAACUUUAAGCACAUUUAUAAUAUUUGGAAAAUAAAGAAAAUUAACUUUUUAACGAGUUGGGAAAUAUGGAAAGAUAAAUAACUUUUUUAAAUAAAAAACUAGAAUAAGCAGAUGAUUAUGUAAAGGCGAUUUGCUAAGAAAAAGAUAUGAUUUAAAAAUAAUAUGAAAAUAUGACAAGACUUUCAAAAGGAAUGGAAGGAACUAAAGAUGAAUAUUAAAGAGGUAUAAUGUAUUUAGAAAAUGAGAAAGUUUAACUUUAAGAAAAUAUGAAUAUUUAAAAAAGAGAAUUAGAUAUAAUAAAUUAAUAAUUAUAUUCAGAAAAAUAAAGAGUAUUUUAAUUAGAAGAAGUUCUUUUGAGAGUAAAUAUAUACAAAUUUUAAUAAAUAAUAAUAUAUAUAUAUAUAUAUAUAUAUAUAUAUAUAUAUAUAUAUUUAUUUAUAUAUUAUAUUUUAUUUAUAUAUUUUUAUUAUAUAUUUAUAAAAUAGGAAAGAUAAUUCUAGAGUAAAUAAAAUCUUGAAAAAGAACAGUUAUUAAGAUAAUUAGAGGAUUAUAGAUAAAUUUAAAUUUUGUAAGAAAAAAGUAGAAAAAUAGUUAAUUUAUUCCAAAUAUAGAUAUUAAUAAUAAUAAUAAUAGUGUUUUAUAAGAAAAAAAUAAAACAAUAAAAGAAUUAGAAAUUGAAUAAAGAAAUCUAAGAGAAGAAAACAGCAAACUUCGACUAAACAUGUAUAUAUUCGAAUAAGAAAAAAUCGAAUUAGAAAAAAAACUUAAUAAUUCAGAAAUAUACUAAAGUUCUAUCAAUAAAUAAGAUGCUCAUAUGUUUGAAGAUAGUGAUUAAUAAAUUAGUUAAGAUUGUUUAGAUAGAUUAAAUGCUUAAGGCGAUGAUAUUAAAAUAUCUCUUAAUCAAACAGGCAUUAAAACUAUUGGAAUAAAUAAAAAACUCAAUAAUCUUAAAAAAUAACACGAAUAAUAUAUUCCUUGUAAUAAUAAAAAAUGAGGCAAAAAAAUAAAUUUAUUUAUAUAUAUAUUUUUAUUUAUUUAGUUUUAUUUAUUUAUAAAAUUUUCUUCUUUUAUUUUUAAUAAAAAAAAUAAAAUAAUAAUCUUUUAUUAAUUAAAAAUAAAAAAAAUACAUAUAAAUUUAUUUUUGUAAAUUAAAUUUCUUAUAUGUUUUGGGUAUAAAAUUUUUAAAAUCAAAAUAAAAUAUAUAUAUAUAUAUAUUAAUUAUAUAAAUAAAAUUAAUUUUUUUUUAAAUACUAAAAUAUUUUAUAUAUAUAAUAAAAAAAAAAAUAACUUAUUAAAUUUUAAUUUAAAAAAUAAACAAAACAAAUAAAUAUUAUAUUUUAUAAAUAUCUAAUAUUUUUUUUUUUUUUUCUUAAUAAAUAUAAUUUUUUAAAUUUAAAUUUUAUUUAAAAUAAAUUCAAAACAAUAAUUAUGUUUCAUUUUUCAAUUAUAAACUUUUCAAAAUAAAAUUAUAUUAAAAAAAAAUACAUUUAUAAUUAUAUAUAUAUUAUUUAAUAUUAAUUUUUUUUUUUAUAAAUGUAUCCUCUUAUUAUUUGUUAUUUUUAUUUAUUUUUUUCUUAAUUUUAUAUAAAAAUGAACAGUCAGUAUUAUAUCUAUUAAUGUUUUUUUUUUCUAUUUAUUUAAAAUACGAAAGCUUUUUUAUUUUAAUUAUGCAUACUAUUCAUUUUUUUUAAAAAAAAAAAAAAAAGAUUUUUAAAAAAUCAUAAAAUUACAUAAUAAUGUUCACUCUUUUAAGAAUUUAUUAAUAGACUAAAUUAAUAUAUUUUACGAAAUGA